UAAGUUUCAUUAAGCACCAAAUAUUAAUAGUGUGAAAACAUACGACUUAGUCUGAGUUCGAUAUUUUUAAUAACGAUCAAUCGGUAACAAGUAGUUUUGUUCAAACUUGAUUUGAAGCAGACAUCAUUAAACAGACCUAGUUGGCAAUGCACCUUCCUUCUUCCCCUCCCUUUGUGUGCAUGAACACGACCUGAUAAUAUAAUUAUGGUCAAACCUCCUGAAAGUCACACAGAACCAACCCAAACAGCUCUAUCUCAACAGCUUCAUUAAUCAAACCCACAUUACGUUUUGUCAUUAUACCACUUUGGAACCUUCAUUGGGACAAUUUCUUAUGUGUCCGUACACUAAUUUAUACGUAUAAUUUCCUCAAGUUGUCGUUUCCUUAAUCUCCCCACGAUUGACCACCGGUCCGGAUAAGCUGCUUUCCUUUAUAAAAACGUCCCACUAGCCGGUGACAGGAUUGACUGCCUUCAACUUCUCACGCACACUACAUGUUCGAUAAAAUUCCCCCGAGAAACAGUCCCCACAAGCUUCUUCGUGUUCUCGUAUUCGCACAUCAGACUUCUGACGGAAUUUCCCUGAGAAACUUUAAGAUCUCUAUAGCUCACAAGCAGCCGAUAACUGGGUUGCCUGCGUUUAGUUUCUCAUACCACCAAAAACCUGCUUUUUUUUUUCACGCUCACAAGCUGUUCGAUAAAAUUCCCCUUAGAGAAGAAAGAAAAAAAUUGGUUGACAACGAAUGGCGCUCCCUAACUUUACAGCACUCAGAGACUUGCACAACUCGGCAAACGACCUCCUCGACUCCCCGGAGCUCAUCCAGAAGGUGACCGUCGGCGGCCGGAAGACCCACGAGUCCAAAUGGCUGUACCAAGCCUCAGAAGCCUCCCUAAGAAUGCUCGACGUAUGUGGUGUCUCGAAGGACGUUCUCUCCUUAGUGAAAGAACACCUCCUGGACCUCCAAUUCACCUUACGCGGCCGGGCAUUGUCCCGAAACGACAUCGAAUCAAAAUUUCUCGCCUACAGCGACUGCAGGAAGAAGCUUCGUAAGGAGACAUUGAAGUGCCUCAAGUCGCUGAAAGGGAUGAUGAAGGAGAGCAACAAUCAUCAGCUGGCUGUGGAUUUCUGCGACGAAGAUCUGGCGGUGGUGGCGGAGGUGCUGAAGGAAGUGAGGGGGGGCUCUGUUUCCAUCGUGGAGUCGUUGCUGAGCUUGAUCUCGAUCCCGUGGCUGGAUGAUCGCAAGACGGCGUCGUUUGGGGUGAAGCUGAUGAUCCGGCGCCGGAAGGGGCGGGUGGGGGAUUUCUGCGACGAGACGGCGCUUCAGACGGCGAACAAGAGAUUGGAGGCGGUGGAGAUUGCGAUUGAGGAUCUGGAGAGUGAGCUGGAGUGUAUGUUCCGGCGGUUGAUUCAAACCAGAGCUUCGCUUCUGAAUAUUCUUACUAAUUAGUGACUUUGAUUCGGGUCGGGUAGUUUCGUAUAGUGUUCUUCUUUGUAAUUAACUUGAAGCUGCGGGUCACAAGACAAUUAGACGUUUUGUAUUAUGGGAUUGUUGUAGUUUGUGACGAAGCGAAAUGUUACUUUUAGUGAACACUAGUUAAGAAUCUUUGACAUCUCUGCUUUUCGUCCUUAUUAAUUAAUUUAUUCUUUCUAUGAGUUUGUUGUCUGUCCGCGUCCGGUGAUGAUGAGAUGGGUGAAUUGGUUAUUGACGUGUCCUUGGUAGCAAAUCAGUCGAUCCGGGUUGAUAUUUUCAUGAUUAAUGAUCUUCGGGUAUGUAUCUGACAUUAAAGCACAUAAUUUAUAUGUUGAAAUUGCAAGUCAUGUAGAAAGGACAUUUUUAGUUUUGAACUAAUUAAAAACAAGUUUAGAAGUCGAACAGACAAUCAUUUUGGUGAAGAUUGCUUCGUGUGUACAUUGACAGAGAUUUACUUUAAAGUGUAGACAAUGAACGCAAUUUAACUAU